CCCCAUGUGUGGUGUAUGCAUACAGGAGAAAAAUACUGUUUAAGAGAAUUUGGAUUAUAGAAGCUAGCUAGUUAACAACUUGGAUAAAUGCCAUUUCCCACUUCACUCUGCUAUAAAAGGUGUACUCGGUGUAUCUGAUAUAGUACAGAUAAAUGUUUCCAAAGCAAGUUUUAAUUUUCUAGACUGGACGUUUACCGAAACAGUUUCGGCUCUCUUGUCAAUUAAUUAUUCAAGACUUGUUUUGUCCUUUAAUGUGGAAUGAAAUGUUGAACAAAGAUCAUUGUUACAAAUCGAUACAGUCUCGAAUAAAAAUCAAUGCUCUAAACUUCAACGUGCAGAACCUAAUCAACAUUAGGUUUCCAAUCAUACGCUGUUCACGGCUGCAAUGAAGUGAGCGGCUACUUUAUGAAUGUCGAAAUUAAAACGACUAAAUACUUGAGGGAAACGCUGGUUUACGUUCUAACCAAUGUCGGACCAAAGGACGGCAUCUGCAUCUGGCACAGAUGUGAUCGCAAACGAAAAUUCUCAAGAAAAGAGGCGCACUUCAAGGGGAAGACGGUCGUCCAACCCGGACGGCGUGGAUGGGGACAAAAGUACCAAUCGAAGACGAAGAACAUCAAGACCAAGAGAAAGUGCAAAGCCGGGAGAUCCUAAAAACUCGGACAAAAAUCCAGACGACAAGGCAGCAGCUGAUGGAGAACCAAACAACAAUGUUGUAGACGCUAAGGAUGAGAAGAAGAAAGGGGGUGGGCUUGCAGUCUGUGUUAAGAUUCUCAAGUUGUCUUUUUCUUACGUUGGUCUUUUUCUUAUCGUGGUAGCUUAUAGUAUCGCAGGAGGGUUCGUGUUCCAGCUGCUAGAAGAACCCAAUGAAGUUUCUGAGUGUGAAGAAUACAGGGCGGCAUAUAUUGAAGCAGAAACUAACACUGUGGACCUUGUCUACGACCUUGCUUUAUUAAAAGACACGGAAACCCAAGAUUACGUCAUUGAAAAAUUCAGAGAAAAAUUGAAAUCUUUUGGUGAUGCUUCAGUUAAUACGGGAUACUCAUGGGGGACGAAUUGUACAUUGAUUGGAAAACCAGACGAAGGAGGGGACGUCAGCGUGUGGAAUUUUGCUAAUUCUUUCCUGUUUGCUUUGACCAUCGUGACCACAAUAGGCUAUGGCCACAUUGCCCCUCACACCAACUGGGGGAAGAUCGUCUGCAUGGCCUACUCGCUGCUGGGAGUCCCUCUGAUGCUGAUGAAUCUGACCAACAUCGGGGACGUCAUGGCAGACAUAUUCCGCUACGUCUAUGCCAAAGUUUGCUGCUGUGGCUGUUGCAAAGGCUGCUGUAAAAAGAAUAAGGUUCGCGCCAUCAAACCCGCACCAAACGCGGCGUUUCAGUUAGACUCCAAAGGAAAACCAAUGCCAGUGGUAAUCGUCGCAGACGACAGUGAUGAUGAUGACGAAGAAGAAGAGUUCGAUAUCGAAUCCGUUACUGUCCCCCUGAGUAUUACUUUACUCACUGUUACCCUGUGGCUCGUAUGUGGAGCGGUGAUCUUUGGCGUUUGGUACGAUUGGACAUUUGUGGAAGGAUUAUAUUUCUGUUUCAUCACCCUUACUACAAUAGGCUUCGGUGACUACGUCCCCAGUGUGAAUGACUUAAGCACGGACGAGAGCCGGCUUCGUAUGUGUAUAGCAUGGAUGUAUAUUAUCUUUGGACUGGCCCUAGUACCCAUGGGAAUCACUGUGAUGCAGGAAGAGAUCGUGAACAAAGUGACCUGGCUUACUUCUAAAUGUGGUUUUGGGGGCGACGACGAGGAAGAAGAUAAAAAAUAGGCCUAACGUGCAAGUGAAUCUCCAUGACGUGACGUUUACAGGUUGCUGAUAUAGGCCAACGAACUCCUCAGUCUUUAACUACAUGUGUGUGUGUGAAUUACCGAACUGUACUCAUCGACUGCUUCUGACCUAUCUAUCGAUUUCCAAAGCCCUUGCGAUAAAUAGAAAACGAUAUUAUUCAAUCCGAGUAUACAGAAAAAAAUCGAUGGUUAAGCAAUCGUUUCAGUUCAUAUAUACACGUGUUUCAUUUUAUUUUCGAUUUAAUUACUUUCUAUAUUCAGCCAUUAAAACUUUUUGUGUCAGUGUCUGAACAAAAUUACUAGCCUGAGCGUUUCAUUCGUAACAUAAAGUGGAGAAAAGAGAUCAACAAAAUAAUCAGUGCUGGCGAAGCAUUGCGAUAGAGGAGUCGAGAAAAGGGAAUUACGUUGUAUCUCCUUGCAGUAUGCUUAUGUUUAGGUGAAGCAAGAAUAAAGAUUCUUCAUGAUAUUUA